AUGCCGCACCUUCUACUGCAAAGACAAGCCACAUCAGGCCAAUCACGCAUCGACCCAACAAAGGAUCAACGCACAACCAUUAUAGUAGCCUGCGUCUACGCCGUUGCUAUCGUCAUCCUCUGGAACAUUCCGAUCCUCAACUAUCUCCUCUACCCAUUCAAGCUUCUCACGGUCGGCUUCCACGAAUUCUCCCAUGCCGCGGUUGGCCUAUGCACGGGUGCAAAGAUCGAGUCGAUCACACUGGAACCCAAUGAAGGAGGAGCAACACGUAUGCGAGGUGGUAUUCCCUGGCUCACCCUUCCCGCUGGCUACCUCGGGUCAUCUAUCAUCGGAGCAGCCCUGAUCGCAUGUGGUUUUGACGAGCGAGCCUCCAAAGUAGCCAGCAUCGUCGUUGGUGUUUUCUUUCUCUUCACUCUCUGGUGGGCGAGAAGGGAUUGGUUGACAUGGGUGCUCAUCCUAGCAAUGUGCGGCCUGUUCGUGCUAUUCUGGCUAGUAGCAGGUAGUAUCGCUUUGCGCUACUUUGUGUUGUUCAUUGGAGUGAUGAACUGUUUGUAUUCGGUAUGGGAUAUCUGCGAUGAUUUGAUCUUCAGGAAGGUCAACGAGUCAGAUGCUAGUGCGUUUAGUAAAGUUGUUGGUGGAGCACCACAGUUUUGGGGUGUGGUAUGGUUGUUGAUCUCAGUAGCGUUCUUCGGAGCAGGGAUCGUAGUGGGCAUCCUGGCCUUCAAGACACCCAUGGCGGAGCAGCAGGCGGAUAACUUCUUGGAUGUCAAUCUUAAGAGAUCGCUGCUUCUUUCUGACCAUGGCUUCUAA